AUGGCGAUUGUCUUUAUCCAACACAAUUCACUGCCGGGCAGUUGGAAAGUGUCAAACAUUACAUCCAAAGCCGCCUUUAAGGCCCUGUACGCCAAGGGUGUAGUCGACGACUACUCUCUAAUUCACGGCACUUAUUGGCCGUCAGCGCAUAAGUUUGUUGAAGCGUUUCAGUGGCAUCGAUGGCACAUCAACCGAUUUGACCAGGAACGGGGCUGGAAUGCGAACCGAACGAUACCGGUGUGGGAACCGCCCGAAUGGCUCACAUCUAUUAUACAAACGUCAGAGAUUUAUGGCCAGUUAGUCACUCGUAUCGGUUAUACCGCACACUUUAAGAUACAUUUACACGUCGGCGGCUUUCACGGAGAUUUGAGCAAUAUUUGGGCCACAAAUGACCCGAUUUUCUAUCCACUUCACGCACAUGUGGCCGAUUUGGCGCUAUUGAAGUGGCAAUUGGCCAACGAUAGCAAUCUUGUGCCCCAAUCCUAUAAUAGGGGAGCAAAUCUUGACUGGCGUACGGGACGGGUCUUUCAGGCCAAUGUCGAGACCGACCACUUGACCCACUUUGAAGAGAUUACCGUUAAGGAGACGUUUCAGGUCGGGUUCGGCGAGUUGUGCUAUAUUCACGACCAGUUGGUUCAGCCCAUACUCGACAUAAUAGCCAAUAGACCGCCCAAACUGCCCGCCGGUGCGCUCACUCUUCAGCGUCAACUCCCGGCUCAAGUGUUUGAUCAAUAUUUCCCAAAGUUUGCCUCCAAAAGCGGCACAUAUUUUGAACAUUUUAUGCCUGACUUACGAAUGAACAAUAAGUUUACGCCAGUUUGCGAUGAAAUGCCGAUUGCAUUGAGUUUCAACUCAACCCCAACCGGACGGCGCCUUUUGGAGCAGUUGCGGACUGAGGGGGGCGUUGACAACAGGCCCCGGGCUUUUGAUUCCGAGGAUCAAUACUAUGGGUUUAUGAAUGCUUUAAACAAAUACCAUUAUUGUUCGCCAUAUCUCCAAACUAGAUCACAACAUUUCAUGCGAUAA